ACUUCAACCUAACCUACAUUUAUAUCGUGGCUGCAAUUUUCUGCUAAUAUUGUGAACUAAGUAGUUGCUUUUUUUUUUGUUGCUGUUAAUUAAGAUGCCAUUCAAGACAAGUGGAAAAUUUCGCGCUGUUUUACAGCAAUAUAAAUACAAGGAGCGUCAAAUCAUUUGCUUUGUUAAAAUUGUGCCGCAAAUUGUGGCGCUUUACAAGCUAGAGCCAGACAAAAAUUACAAUUGGAUGUCACCAAAUCGUUGGACUAAGCUUGAGAGCAGCAUAUGGAAUCUAGUGGACAGCAUUGGAAACUGGGAAAAGGAUGCGCCUAAUAUACAAACGGAAUUGAUUGUUGAUCACAUAAAAGUCAAAGUAUGUGCAAAUAAUGAGUUACGAACGCAAUUGGAAGUGCUGCUGCCGCCAGCAAAGGAUGAGGAUUUGUAUCUGGAGCUAACACUCGAAUACAUGAGCAUAUCAACCAAAGAGCCACAGCAAGUGCUGGCACCAGCACCAGAAGUUAAGACAUUGCAGCUCAACGACAUGAACGAGGAAGAGGUGUUGAAUACGUUUGAGAACUACCGUGAGCACUUUGAUCUUGUCGCUGGCUCGUGCAAAUAUGAAUUUGAUAUCUCAAGCUACAUGUCCAUAGGCCACACUCAUGUGACGCAUAUUUUGAGCAAAUAUAUGCGCGAAGGCAUGAUGAACAAAUUGACAGAAAUAUAUUGCAAAGUAUUUGAUGUGGCAUACUGCCCAUUGGUAUAUGAUAGAUUGUUGCCCUUAUGGAUAAUUCACUUGCUUAUGGACAAAUACAAACUCAGCGAGGAUGAGACAUUGAAACAGCUCGCCGAUCAGUUCAAAUAUCAAAGCAAUCUGCACACGCUUAAUAAGAAUCUAUUCAACUGAAGCAUUUCAAUUAUUCGAUUGCUUUUAAUUAAUUUUGUUCUUA